GGAGGUGGCGUAGUGAUGGGCUUCGUAUAAACCUCUUUGGUCGACUCCGCAUACUCAGUCGCAUACAACCCUAGCACGAGGCGGUACACUCGUCAAAUUAAAAAAAAACGUGAACCAAACAAUAUGUCAUAGCAAAAAGUUUGUAUAGCAUUUGUGAAAGUGUUUAUAUACGUGUUUUUUUUGUUGGAAUUGGAUUAUUUGGCGAAAAGAUGGAGAGUUUAAGUCGCAUUGUUCUUGGCAUUCUCAUCUUGCAAAUAUACGUUCACGCUGCACCUGGUGACGUCAGCAAGCUCGAAGAUAUCGCUAAAGUAGAACAAGCGGAGCCUAAACUCGACGCAGAACUUAAAGAAGUAAAAACUGAAAACACAAGUGAUAGCACAAAAGAAGCCGCGAAAACUGAAAGUAACUCUACUGAGUCACAACGUCAAAAAAGGUGGUAUAACCCUUAUAAUUUUGGAUUUCCUCCAAUAACUCCACCAAAUUUUCCACCUUUUGGACGCGACAACGGUCCUAAUCCAAACUUUUACGGAAAUGAGGAUCCACUAGUCCAAAUACAUAGACGGAUACAAGAAAUAGCUAGUUUUGUUAGGCAACCCCCACCUCCGCCAAUACCGCAUGUGCCUAUUUUCUACCCGAUUCUUUACAUACCGCCUGAGGACUGCCGAUGCAAUCAAAACCCCUCGCCAACGACCGAUAGGCCACAAACGUCAGACAACAAUGGAACAGAACCAGAUAUAGCCAGCCGUUGGCCAGCUAUGGAAGAUACGAGACAGAACUGGGGAUUCCUCAUCAACGAAACUGAUACAGACGACUUAGACUUCAGCAGACCUAUUUCUUUUGAUCCUAUUCGUCUGGACAGACCUGUUAGGCCACCACCUCCAGUUGAACAUGGAAGUGUACAAAGUGACUCGAAUGAUCAAAACAGUAUUGCGCAGCCACUGCGUCCUACACAAAACGCUCCUCCGGCUUUAAACAAGCCACCCAGUACAACACCUGCUCCAUUCAAACCAGAGUCAUCAAGUGAGAACAGGCCUCAGUCUGGAAGAACGCCUCCUAGUGCCUGUGAUGGUGCAGUCCUAACUUGCUGCCAUCAGCCACAAGUUACGUAUGACUGCUUCGCCAUUCAGGGUUGCCCACAAUUCACGUCAUACGGAAACCCUUGUGAACCCAAACAAAUACUUACUGUAAUCGAGAAAUUUCAAAAUUUCUACGGACAAAGAGGAGGAUGAACUUUGGAAAUAUUGAUGUUAUAAAUUCCAGAGAAUUUAUAUAUGCUCUUACGUAGAGCCUAAUUUGAUAACAUAAUUUAUACUAAAGUAGGUUGAGCUGGAUUUUGUGCCAGCCAACUAUUUGUAAUUUAAGCCCUUUGCCGAGACUCAAGAGAAGAAAAUUAAGGAAUAUUUAUGAGCGUAAUCGAAUUAGUGAAGAGAUUAUAAAUUUAACGGUGUUAAAAGAAUUAUUAGGCAAAGCUUUUGGUUGGGCAACAAGUGUAGACUUAUUGCUAUAAUCACUGCAUAUUUUAUGUCCAUUUCGUUUACUUCAUAAUAUGAAGCAUUUAAUGUGUUACUUUUUAUGACUCUACAGGGUUUCUUGUAAUACAUUAAGAACUUCGGUGGAAAAAGUUAUGUUGUGUUACUGAUUGAUUCCGUUACUGUACUGACUGUUAAUGAUUAUGAAAAUUUACUUCAAAAUUAAAACUCGCUAGGUUAAAAUCUUGUAAAAAAGCUACAUUGUAGGUGUGCCUAUAUUACUUUCGGAAGAAUUUAAAUCGUCCUAGCCCUUUUUUUUUGUUAUUAUUAGUUUAAGUUAAAACUUUUGUACUCAUACACUAUGUAAAGAUAGUAACAGUGUUCCUGUUAUAUAGGUGAUAUAAAUGUACAAAUAAACUGUAUUGAUAAGUAA